CAGAUACAGAGAGCUGGGUGGUUUGAAGCACUACCUGGAGCCUGGAGAGAUAAGAAACCCGUCGCUCCUCAUUCUGACCGUCAGUCGGGGAGGUUCUCUCUGCUCUCUUCUAGCCUUCUUCCUCUUCUGUCCUUUCUCUUUCUCAAGCUCUCCCUCUCCCUUGGCCAUGGCUCCGACCCUUGCUACAGCCUUCGCCAGGCGCUGGUGGAUGGCAGUGACCGCCAUCAUUGAGAACCUGCUGUUUUCUGCUGUGCUGCUGGGAUGGGGCUCCCUCCUCAUCAUGCUGAAGUCUGAGGGCUUCUACUCUUACCUUUGCAACGAGGAAGGUAACAGCUCCAGUCACAAUCUGUCUCACUCUGCGGAGACGCCGAUACCCCAUGACUACUCUGACGCCUUCGAACCGGAUGAAUCGGACGGGGUGGAGAUGAAGCACCUCGUACCGGAGGGUCAGCUGAGGAUGAACGGCUGGCUGAUCUGCAAAGAACAGGAUGAGAUGCUGAAUCUUGCUUUCACCGUUGGCUCCUUCCUGCUGUCAGCAAUCACACUGCCACUGGGGAUCGUCAUGGAUAAAUAUGGGCCUCGGAAACUUCGUCUGCUGGGCAGCACUUGCUUUGGCUUUUCCUGCCUACUCAUUGCCUAUGGAGCCUACCAGCCAAAUGAGCUCUCCGUUCUUAUCUUCAUUGCACUCACUUUCAAUGGCUUCGGAGGCAUGUGCAUGACCUUCACCUCCCUCACACUCCCUAAUAUGUUUGGAAACCUUCGUUCUACCUUCAUUGCCCUCAUGAUUGGUUCUUAUGCUUCGUCUGCAGUCACAUUCCCUGGUGUUAAGGUCAUCUAUGAUUUCGGUGCCUCAUUCAUUACCAUUCUUGUGGUGUGGGCUUCCUGUGCUGGACUUGUCUUCCUCAAUUGCUUCUUCAACUGGCCACUGGAGCCAUUCCCAGGACCAGAAGAUAUGGACUACACUGUGAAAAUAAAGUUCAGCUGGCUUGGCUUUGACCAUAAGAUCACAGGAAAGCAGUUCUACCGUCAAGUGACCACAGUGGGCCGCCGCCUGAGCGUCAGCAACAAUGUGAAACAAAAGGAGGUGGUUGGUAAGGAUGGACGCACUCUCUGCCUAUCCACCAUGGACCUGGAAAUGGACUGUAAGCCCGAGGAAGAAUCUGAGUCUUUUUUGAAGAGCAUCAUGAGCCCUAUUUUUCUACUUAGCGCAUCGACCAUGUGCAUCACUCAGCUCCGUCUCUUGUUCUACAUGGGGGCCAUGAACAGCGUCUUGGAGGUGCUCUGUGAUGGAAACCUUGACACAGUGGGAAGGAUGGAAGUUGUGAGUCUGUACUCCUCCAUCUUUGGUGUACUGCAGCUGCUUUGUCUGAUGACCACUCCUGUCAUUGGUCAAAUUAUGGACUGGAAACUGAAGGACUGUGAUGAUGGGGAAGAAGACAAAGAACUCUUAAGCAAAGGUGAAAGCAAGACAAAGCGCAGAGACAGAAAGAUCCAGAAAGUGACAAACGCUUUGCGAGCAUUCGUCCUCACAAACCUGCUUUUGGUGGGAUUUGGUAUCACCUGUCUGAUUCCAGAUCUCCAAUUACAGAUUGUCUCCUUCAUCUUACACACUGUGGUGAGAGGAUUCAUUCAUUCUGCUGUUGGGGGCCUUUAUGCUGCUGUAUAUCCUUCCUCUCAGUUUGGCAGCUUAACAGGGAUGCAGUCUCUCGUCAGUGCUGUUUUUGCUUUGCUGCAACAACCCCUGUUCUUGGCAAUGAUGGGACCACUUGAAGGAGACCCAUUCUGGGUUAACAUCGGACUGCUUGUGCUCAGCUUGCUGGGCUUCUUGCUGCCCCUCUACCUGAUCUGGUACAGACGGACACUCCAUCGAGAACUACAGCAGAAAGCCGAGGACGCCAAAAUAUACAUCAAAAUCAACGGCUCUGAGAUCCCAGAGGCCUUCGUUUAAACAGAGACGGAUAGAGAAAACAAUGUGCAAAAUAGGCAUUCUGAAGUGUUGAACAAAAAAUUGUGACACAUCUCCGUAAGAAAGGCAACACCCAUCUUUACAAAUUCCCCAAUUGAGAAACUACUGGGAUUGUUGUCAUAGAAAUGAAUCCGAUGGACAGCUGAUGAGGAGAAAAGUGAAACAAACGGGAGAUGAAGAGCAAAUUAUGAGGAGAAACUGUGAAAGGAAAGAGACAGCCAUCUGUAUUCCCCCAAGUCCUCUGAGCUCUCUUCACUUCCUCUUUCUCCUGACCUUCAGAGUGUUCUCCAUCAUUUCCUCUGCUUUAACUCGCCCUGCAAGAGAGGAAAAGGGAUAUACGUUCAGUGUCACCUUCCCAUCUAACCACUUUAAAAUUAGAGGGUGAUGCAAUUGUGAUGGGGUUUCUUCAAUGUGUUACAUAUUGAAUGCAAAUCAUCCAGAUGCUAUUGCAUGGUGCUACUUAUCAGUACAUCUGCUGGAUUUAUUCCAGGAGUUUGUACAAAGGAAAUGUAGAGUAAGAGUGGAGACAUUUUGCUGAUGUUUCUCGGGUAAUCAGAAGAGACAGUCAUUAUCUUUUUUUAAGGUUAAUGUCUAAUGAUAAACUCUACUGCAGUGCUAUCACAUUUUUUUUCAAAGGAAGUCAGCCUGUUUUCAAAUAAUUUUCUCAAUGUAUGCUUAGAGUAUUUAUUUUACCUUAAGUAUCAGCUUCAGUUUUUUCUACAAUUAUACUUUUAAAAAAAAUCAUUUCAAAAUGUACAAAGAGUACAUUUUUAAUUGAAAAGUGAAAAUUAACUGAUUGAAUUUUCACACAUAACAGUGAAGGUGUUCUACAUUGCAGAGGGCAUUAUAAUAGUGAAUUAAUGCAUUUCCCCAUAAAGCUGACAUGAUAGUUUGUGUCAGUUUUUCCUCCAAUCUCUUUCUUUCAAGAGAAAUUCUGCAUUUUUCCACACAAACCCGCCCCACAGUGGCACUUUUUCUGGAUGAUUGGCUUCGGACCCAUAUCCCCCCUUUUCCUUUGUCCUAUUUUAUGUGUAUUUAUUUUUUCCUAGCAUUUCCACUUUCAAUUUUUGGUGUACUUUAACUGUGCAGUGCUGCUUUUAUGUAGGUUUGUUCUGUUUUGUCUGCCUGGAGUUCCUUCUGCCCUGAAUGAAGAUAAAAUAGAUAUUUUGGUAAAUGGGUGUCUGUAUGUGGAAGAAUAUGUGGAGGUUAAUAAAGAUUUUUUUUUCCUUUU